GUGUUUAUUGAAUUAAAAGGCAGCAAGGGUAUUAUUGGUAAAACCAGAUUGUUUCACAAACCUGAAGGAGUAAAAUCAAACUCCUAUCUUUAUGAACCUCCAUUUUCAUUCAAACCUGGUUCUGAAGAAACCUUCACCAUACGUGCUCCUGAUAUUGGAGAUUUAAAACUUCUCAAUGUUGAGGUAAUACUUGCUGUAGUUUGUUUGUUACUAAUCAUAGCUAAAUCACUUUAUUAAUCACUCUAAUUAACAAUUAGCAUUCUCUAAUUGCAGCAUGAUGGGAUAGAUAGAAAGCAAGGCUGGUUCUUACUUGAGAUCUUGGUGAAGAACACAAGAAAUAAGAAAGUGUGGACAUUUCCAUGUUUCCAAUGGCUGUCGUUGUUUGAGAGUGACUGUCAGAUUAAACGUCAGUUACAAGCUAAUAGUGGUACUUCUAAACCAGUUAAAACAGGUAAGUUGUUUGUGAAUGUACUUUAUAUUACUUUGUGCUGAUGAUACGGAAGAUGUUGGCAAAAAUAUAAAACCAUAAUUUUUUAUUCCAAAUUUCGCGAAAUUUUAUUUUGAUAUCAAAAUUCUCAGGGCGCAUUAACGUUCCCAUAAUUUUGGCCUGACUAAAGAAGAAUUCAGAGAAUAGUUUCCGUCUAUUCUCUCGUUGCAAUUUUCUUUUUAUAAGGGUAAAUAGACCAGCCGGAUCAACAGUUCUUAGCAUAGGAAGUCAUUUAAUUUUGCUGAAAUCUCGCUGUCUCUUGAGGUUCUUGGUAAAGAAGGCCGUUAUUUUGCGAUUUUUUUCGCUGAAAAUAUUGCUUACCUCUCAUAAUGAUCGUAACACUACACGCUUAAAAAUGAACUAUUUGUUCCCGGUUGCAUGAUAUCGACAGGCUUGAACAAGAUUGUACGAACAAGUUGUCCACAAUCUUGUUCCAACUGAACGUAAUAACCGCCCAGGAACUUCGAUUUUCCACAUGUAACACCAGUCUUAAUGAUCCCUUACCAUCCUAAAUAUCAUUAAUGUUCCUUGCAGUUUACGAGGUGACCGUUGAGACUGGAGACAUCCGAGGAGCAGGGACUGAUGCCAAGGUCUACAUGACCUUAUUUGGUUCUAAAGGAACAACACCCAAAGUCUUAUUAUCGAACAGGUAAAUUUAGUUCUACAUCAGUUCGGGCGAAUUCAGUCACACCGUACUAUAUAGACGUAAGGUCUUGUGAGGUUCCAGCGAUGAACAUACAUGAUUAUAAUAUAGCAUUUGCAAAUUCUGAACGCUGAUUGGCUAAGAGCCGUGUUGAUAUAACUCAAUGUGAACACAGAAAAUUUCUUUCUUUAUAUUUCUUUGUGCUAUAUUAUAAAAAAAACAUUUUUCCGUAUUGAUAUACAGUUAUAUCAACACUCGUGGAAAUUGGGAAAACUCGAAAUUGUGUGGAACACGAUUUACAGCAUGAGGGAUCGUGUUGUAUCAGAUAUACAAACUUGUAUACGCGAUACAACACGGAGGCGAAUGUUGCAAAUGACUUGUGAAAUAUCAACACGGAAAAUGUUUUAUAUUUGUUAAGUAUCAAACUACCUGGAAAAAAGACAACAACGAGCUACAAAUUCCAGAGGAAGGAUCUUCGCUUGGAACAUGGACGAUCUUGUUUUCAGAUAGUUUGCUCUCCAUUAAAUUACUUGUAUCUUUGCAGGGACAAUGACAACUUUGAGAGAGGAAAAACUGACCGCUUUAAGAUUAAAUCAACUCAUCUUGGAGCAUUGAGGAAAAUGAUGUAAGAAAGAUAAUUAACUAAAUGACCUUAUAUAGAGUACCGCUCAUAUUUAUAGCGAUAAUAUAUCUCGUUUUAUUUUCCAGAGUGGAGCAUGAUAACACUGGAUUUGGUCCGGGAUGGUAUCUGUAUAAGGUAAGACAACGUUCUCGCGUGAAAUCAAUCUCUUUGUAGCUGUCAUGGUUCGUGUCUAAACUACAUGAAAAAUACCAAAAGCACUUUGACAUACCGAACUAAUUUCCUCAUGAUGUGUUUUCAAUCUAAAGUGUUUUUAAUAUUUUUUUCAGGUGACAGUGAUAGAGUUGGUGAAAGGGACUGUGACGUACUUUCCAUGUGAUCAGUGGUUAGACAAAGAUGAAGGAGAUGGACAAAUCAGAAGACAGUUAAUGGCGGCCAAGAAAUCCACUGAUACACGCAAAGGUAACCGACACUAUUCUUCUAGUAUGUCUAUUCGUUCUGUGGAGUUCUAA